AAGAACCUUUAUUUAAUUAUUAAGGUUACACCUGUCCCUAUCCUCAUUUUCCUAAUCAAGAUCAGCUCUCACUAGGGUUUUUUAUAUAUACUUCCCUCCCCCACCCAGACACGCAACUUCACAUUUUCAAAACUGGACCAAAUUUAGCUGUGUCAGAGAUAAAAUAUCCAUAUCUUUUUUGAGAAUUCUUCAAGUGUCUUUCUUCAUUUUCCGAUGGGAGACGCGGAGAAUUCUCUUCAACCAUCGAAGAAAAGGGCGGCUGUAAAGGAAUUAUCACGAGACAAUCCUGGUCUAGAUGAUGAUGAAACUGCUGAACAAGAGACAGGGUCUUUCCAGAAAGCAAGUGAGGAGGUGAUGGCAAGUAGAAGAAUUGUUAAAGUUCGUCGUAGUCAAACUACUACUUCUACGACUACACCUUCAGCUAAUCCUUUUGCAGCGAUCCGCUUGGUCCCACCCACCGAGUCCAGUGUCUCAUCUGCUGUGAUCACAAGUGAAGGUGAGAGUGAGAUAACAAGUUCAGGUAAACCAGAAGCAAAAAAUGACGUUGCUGAGGAAAAUAGAAAGGAAACAAGUGAUGUGAAUAAGGAAGAGAAGAAGGAACCCGAUCAAGUUUCUAAGGCAUCAGAAGGUAAUGUUGAUGAAUCUAAUGUUGUCAAGGAGAAUGUUGAAACUGCUAAAGAGCCUGACAAACCUGAAUCUGUUGAAAAGAAGGUGGCAGAUGAUGAGAAAACCCAGGUUGAAACCAAGGAAGGCACAGUAGUUGAGAAGAGCGAAAAUGACAGUAAGACGGAUGUGGAAGUCGAGAAAACAGAGAAUGAACAACAAAAUGAUGCGGGUGGUGAUAAAAGUGAGAAGGGUACAGAAACUGGUUCGUUCAGCUCAUUUCAACAACUCUCAAGUACCCAAAACGCUUUCACAGGAUUUGCAGGGACUGGAUUCUCCGGCACUACGUUCUCCUUCGGAGCUAUUUCAAAAGAGGGAUCUCCUCUAGGUUUUGGUUCCGAAUCAGGUGCUGGUUCUCUUUUUGGAGCAAAAAGUGACCAGUCACCUUUUGGACUUAAUCUUCCCACUAAUGGAAACACUUCUCUAUUUGGAAACUCAGGGUCAUCCAUUGUGAGCAAGGGUGAGGGUAGUGGAUUUCCUUCCAAAGAAGAGGUUACUGUCGAAACAGGGGAAGAGAACGAAAAGCCAGUAUUCACAGCUGAUUCUGUGCUGUUUGAAUAUCUUGAUGGGGGGUGGAAAGAGCGGGGAAAGGGAGAACUAAAGGUCAAUGUUUCUACAACUGGGGCAGGAAAAAGUAGACUUAUUAUGAGGAGCAAAGGAAAUUACAGAUUGAUCUUGAAUGCCAGCCUUUAUCCAGAAAUGAAGCUCGCUAAUAUGGACAAAAGAGGGAUCACUUUUGCUUGCUUGAAUAGUGCUGGUGAUGGAAAAGGAGGACUAUCUACAUUUGCUCUGAAGUUCAAGGAUGCCUCUACCGUCGAAGAGUUUCGAGCUGCUGUAGUGGAACAUAAAGGUACUACAUCUGGUUCUUUGAAGACACCUGAAAACUCUCCUGAAGCUUUAGAUGACCCUGCAGUAUAGAUGAAUAGACUUUUCGUCAUGGAAUGUGCCGUACUAUAUUCGUUUAGCUGCAGAGAAGAGCAGGAAGGAAGAGAGAAUAUUUUGUCAAGAGAUAAAAGAGACUUGUAAUCCCACAUACUGAGUUGAUCAUAUCCAUUACAGUGCGCUUGUUGUAGACUUUGUCCGAGCAACUUUUAAUUAAUUUCCUCUCUUUCUGAGAUGUUGAAGAA